AUGGCACCUGACGAUACAGAGAGAGUGCCCGGAGAAGAAAUCCGAAAGGUCAUGGAAAAUGGAACUUUUGAAGAUGAAAGAGGGCAGUGGAUGAGAAGAAUCCUCUAUGACCUUCUAGAGCACCCCCAGGUGCGGCAGUACUAUGAUGAGCUACGCUGCCUGGUACAGGCGCCAACAACAUGGAAAGAGGUGGAACACAGGUUCAGUGAAAUCUUGGUUGAGAUGAUGGAUGAACCAGAAGAGAAGCUUCUGGAGAGCCUUCGAAACACCUUCAAGUGUCUGACAGAAGAUGAUCCGAAGCCUUUGCUCAAGUUGCUGGGGGUCCCGCAGCCACCUUCGGGGCCGUCCCCGGAGGCGGUGAAGGGGCCUCUGGCGCGCGAGUAUAGAGGUGUAGAGAUCAGAUACCGAACGGAGCUUUGGGUCGGCCAAGAUGGCGGUGUGUUCGUGGGACGAUCGAAACCUGGACGGCCGGGAUGCGUCAUCCAUGAGGAUUUUGGACGCCACCUGGAUCGCGAACUUUUUCGAGAAGCCCUUCUGGGGAAGCCCCUGUAUGUUGAUGAAGGCGAGGAAGACCUUGCCGUCGAGGUGGUCCAGGACUUUAACCUGGCACGGGGACCUGAGGCCCGAAGGGUUGAUUGGCAGGCAGAAUGGCUCAAGACCUGGCAAAGGCUUCUUGGGCAUGGGGUGUCCCUGAGUUACACCGGGGUGGCUCUGAAGUUGAUGAUUCGGAGUCGCCCUGGAAGCUUGGGGAACUUCUCGCGACUGUUCAAAUGCUGCGCUCUGAGGAACUUUCAGGGGCACCCCGCAGAGCUGUUGCCAAUGGCCCUGCCUGACGACACCGCGGAGGAGCAGCAUGCCUUCGGGGCCUUGGUAAAAGCGGCAGGGGCUGCUCAUGACCCCAGUGAUGAAGACUGGUCCGCAGUUGAAAAGUCCUGUGAGAAAGCUGGCAUUGCUGCCUGGUCAUGGUUGCAGGUGCUUGGUGUGAAUGCGCUGUACCUGGGCGGAGGCACUGACCGAUGUCUGAGCACUCAGAUGGCCCACAGCUGUGAGUGGUCUCCCGGCCAACAGGCUUUGAUGUCAAGAGCCCGGGAGCUGGCUGAGAUAUGGCUUGAAAAAGGUGAAGGGAAGAUUGAAAUAGGAGAAUGGGACAAAAUCAGUCAGUCGCUGGACGGCAUCUAUACGGGACCAGAGGUGAAGAAGGCCUAUCCCUUGACGGUGGAAGGUAUCCUACCCACUACCCCUGCGGCAGAUGAAGCAGGGCGAAUUGAGCUGGCGGAAGUGGUCGCACCUGAGCUCAAGAGCUUUGUGCUGAAUCCUGAACUCCUGCGCAUCCCGGACGAUGAGCUGAUCGACCCGAGGACCUUUGCCAAAGUCCAUGUUGACAGUGAUGAGGAAUGGAAUAGAGUUGUCGCUCACCUCGUGAAGGCAGGAAUGCUAGAGCGUGAGGAUCCACACGAGACUCUGCGCUACAAAGAUGAGGCCGUCAGGAAUGGUGCUUUCGGUGUGCACAAGGGAUGGCAGCAGAGGGAGGAUGGGUCCCUCUUCCGGACACUUCGGCUGAUAAUCAACCUCAUCCCCUCAAAUGGUUUCCAACGAAAGACCCCUUGGCGCCCUAGCCAGAAAAUGGGGUACAGUCCGCUCUGGGGACAGAUGGUUGUCCUUGAGGAUGAAGUGGUGAUGAGCUAUGGGGAGGACCAACGCCAUUGUUUCCACAUCUACCGCCCAGGAUCGAAGUGGAGAGGCUACUUCGUCCUCAGCAAGAAGGCGGCAGGAUGGGCUUUUGCAGACUCCAGCCAGGAGGCCAGCUACCCAAGAGUUAAGACCGCGCCAAUGGGGUGGUCAAACGUCGUGGACUUCAUUCAGAGCGGUCUGGAAAUGAUGGGAACUCAGGCUGGAAUGAGCAUCAAGCAUGCGGUUAGAUUGGGAGAUGCCCUCCCAGCUCUUCCACUUGACACUCCAAGGACAUACUACUCUUGGUAUGUUGACAACUGGGACUCUUUCAAGAUCGUGGCAAAGAGUGACAUGGGGGAAUAUGAAGGAAAGCCUUCGGAUGACCAGCUGAAGUUGAGAGCUGUCUUUAAACUUUGGGAUGUUGGGAGAGACCCAAAGAAGGCAGCAGAAGGAACUCUGAGCUGGUCCUCCCUGGGGGCUGAAGUGGAUGGCGGCCGAGGAUUGGUUGGCUCGAACACAAAGUUCCGAAGAGGGAUCCUCGGAGCCACCAUCAACCUGCUUCAGGCGCCUUGGAUCCGAACCGAUUCACAAGAGCUGCAGGCACUGGUCUCAAAGCACAUGCACACGGUCCAAUUCUGCCGCCCGCUGGCUAGCGCCUUCGAUCAUUUGUAUCGGGAGGUGGCGAACCCAGGGGGUGGUAGGAACUUGAAUGACUUGGCCCGUGAUGAACUGUUGCUGCUGAGCAGUUUGCUGCCGCAACAUUGGAUCAACCAACGACAUACGCCUUCGGGAACAGUGUUUGCCACUGAUGCUUCAGAAGAAGGAGGAGGAGCGUGCCAAAGCACGGGUCUCAGCGAAUGGGGCCAUCAACGUUGCCAUGGCCUGAGUUAUGCCGAAAAUGGACUGGAGGGAUCCGCGGCUGAUGACCUCUUGGUGGUUGAAAUGUUUGCUGGCAUGGGAGGGCUGAAACAAGCCCUCGAACUGAUUGGUAUGGUUCCUCAGGGGAUUAUCAGUAUCGAUAAUGACCCCACCAGCAAAAAGCUUUCGAGAGCCCACUGCAGGCACGGGAUUUUGUAUGAUGAUGUCAAGACCAUCACCAAAGAAAUGGUGGUUGAAUGGAGGAGACAGUUUCCACGAGCCCGCCAGAUCCUGUUGGCAGGGGGAUGGCCGUGUAUUCAUCACUCCUCCCUGAAUGCCAAUCGGCAGGGAGCAGCUGGCGCUACGAGUCAACUGUUGGAUGAGAUGAUGAAGAUCCGGAGCUGGAUAAAAGAGGCAUCAGCAGCCCAUGGAUUGCCCUCAUGGGACUUAUUGGAGUUCUAUGAGAACGUGGUGAUGGACAAGAGCGACCUUGAAGUCCAGAGUGAGAAGAUUGGAUGGCUGCCAAUGCAUGUUGAGGCGGCGGAUGUGGGAAGAUGCCGUCGACCUAGACUCUACUGGGUGAAAGGCAUUCAAAUGAUCAAUGGAAGCGACCUCAAAGUCGAGCAGCAGGCAAAGAUCCGUGAUCUUGAGAUUGCCCUUGAUAAGGGAGUGAUCAAAACGGAGAUCCCUCCGCUGGACUGGUUCCUCAACAAGGGGGCCAAGAAGCUGAGCCAGGAGAACGAGCCAUUCUACACGUUUACCCGGCCAAUCAUGCGGAAGGAGCCGCCACCUUCCCCGGCAGGUCUCGAGCGGGCAUCGCCGAAGGCGCUCCAACGAUGGCGGGGAGACAGCUUCAGGCUGCCCCCGUACGCCUACGAGAAUGCCAACCUGGUGACUGACAAGAGUGGGCCCAGGCGAUUGCUGCCCGAUGAGCAGCUGAGGAUGAUGGGCUACACCAGCUCACAUCUGACCUUGAAGUCAAAGCUCACCAACGACCAAAAAGGCCAUUUGAUUGGGAACUCCUUCAGUGCCAUUGUUGUGGCCAGACUCCUGACCGGGCUGGCGCUGGAUGACGAUCAGGGCAAGGACGUAGAUCUGACAAAGGCCAUCUGGGAAAGUUGGCGUUCCCUCGAGGACCAAGUUGGCCGGGAACAGCAGCCGUGGCGGACACGCUUCGGGCAAGGGCCUCGGGCGGGCCAGGGGGUGGUGGCCAUGCGCCGUCGUGUGCUGCCACCCGCCGAUCUUCCGCUCAAGGCCAAAUUGGACCCACAGAACCGCCUCACCGACGAAGAGUUGCUGGCCUACAUGCUGACGCGGCAGGCGGUCCAAAAGGGCUGUGACAUCCGGGUGGACCUCAACCAGCCAUUCUCCUAUGGCACUAUGUGCCGACACUCCAUCGACCCAGGAAAUUGGCGAUGGAAAGUCCUCCUCUCCUAUCAGUGGAAGAAAGGGGGCCAACAUAUCAAUGUGUUGGAGGCCACCGCCAUCCUUGACUUGGCACGAAAAUUGGCCCGUGAACCAAAGCACCAUGGAAUGAGAUCGAUCCUUUUGGUCGACAACAUUGUUUCACUCUCGGUCAUUGCAAAGGGCCGUAGUUCUGCUCGCUCUCUUCAAGCUCCACUUCGACGAUUGACAGUGGUCUUGUUGGCCGCGGACCUCCGGUUCUACUUGGGCUGGGUCAAAAGCAGCUGGAAUCCAGCGGAUGGACCUAGAAGCUGGCGUCUGCAUGGGUCCUGGAGCCGUGCUGAGUUACCGGAUCGUGCUUUGCCCUUUACUCCACUGAUGGCCUAUGGACUUGCUCAAAUGGCUUUUAAUAAAGGUUGGAAGGAUCUUUGCAUGGUGAUCCUACUGGGCUUUACCAUGUUUGCCCGAACGGGAGAGCUUUUUCAGGCAAAAGCAGGUGACUUUGUUUUUGACCACCGACUGCGAAAGGGUGUCUGGUCUCUUCCACUGACCAAAUCGGGGCAACGGGCAGGGGUCCGGGAAUCCUUGACAAUCGAAGACCAAUGGCUGUUAGUGGCACUCAAGAACUACUGCAAGUCCCUUCACCCAGGAGAUACGUUGCGGAAAGCCUCGCCCCAACUGAUGCGGAAUCGUUUCAAAGAAUUACUACAGGAAGCUAACCUUCCCCCAGGCUUUGCCUUUUAUUCCCUACGCCGCGGCGGGGCGACCCAUGCCUAUAGGCAAUCUAAUAAUCUCUCCUGGGUCUGCCUUGUUGGCAGAUGGGGCCAUGAGAAAACAGCCCGAAUUUACAUCACUGAUGCCUUGGCACAGCUGACAGACAUUGGUCUCUCCCGCCCUGCUCGUCAAAAACUUUUGGUGGUGUUCUCAUGUGACUUUCUGGGAACUGGGGUGGUGUUCUCAUGUGACUUUCUGGGAACUGGGUCCCUGGCCCCCAGCAUUCGAGGCACAGAAGAUGAGAUCACUUGGAUGAUCUUUCCACUGCUCUUCAAGUCUCCUGAUGAAAAACUCCGGGAACAAUGGCAAUUCUUUGAGGAGGGCUCGGAAAGUGGUCUGCAGUUCGCUGUGCGAUUUCAUCAGUACCAGCAGCUGGCUUUCCCGGACCUCAGCGAUGUCACGGCGGGUCAAAUAGGACUUGCCGUAGCUGUGCUCCUGAUGCUUCUGGCAGCCCCUGGUCCUUCGGACGCGCCGAAAUUUUCCCGCGUCGGGUGGUUUUUGGGCCCUUUGUUGCUGGUGCUCAUCGCGGGAAAGGAGGUAAUGCUCUACACGCGCUGGAACAUGUAUGACUGGAUCCAACAGAACCUGGCGAUCUUCAACCGAGCCAAGCUACUGGGAGACAUGGCCUGGGAGGCCUACCUGGCUCUCCAACUCCUCCGCUUGGCGCGGACGGCCUCGGGCUCUCCAUGUGGGCAGGUCUGUGGCGUCCUGUGGCUCCGAGGCCUUCAGCUACUGCUGUUGCUGGGAGCCUGGCAGCUGCUGACGCGGCAACUGGAAGGGCUGACAGUCAACGUCUUCUCCAGUGGUGCUUGGUAUGUGCCCUGGCGCAGCUGCUUUCAGGAGGUGAACCAGCCCCUGCUGACCCUCCGCCCCGACCUCCGCGCAGGCUGCCGCCAUUUGGGCCGCUUGCGGCUGGAGUGGAGCUACUUGAUUUUCUCGGUGCCCCUUCUGCUUCUGGCCUCGUUUGCUCCCACUCCUGCAGCACUGCUGGGAUUGGUGUCCGCUGCGGCUUUGUCGUGGCCGCUACCGGGAUGGCUAGCUAGCCAGGAGAUACUUCUGAAGGACCUUCGAUCUGCGUUGCUGUUGACCUCCUCUGCACUUCUCUCGGUCAGAUGGUCGACGUCCCUGACACGACGAUGUUGCAUUGCGGCUGGUGGUUUGGCGGUCAUCUAUGCCACAGAAGUGCGGAGCCUCCUGUGGCCUCUGCUUCUUGCGGUGCUUCCGCUGGAUCCCUCCGUGGCUCCCGAUCUGACGGACCUGACACUGCCGAUGCUGCCGGUGUCGCUCUUCAUCUUGGAAGGCUAUGUGGAGCCGCACGGCAAAGAUUUUCUUCUCAUCGACUUCUUCUCUCGCUGUGCCGCUCUGCUGCUCCUGUGCUAUACCGCUGCGUGGCUGCUGCACAGUGUCCUGCGACGCCUCAGCUGGUGCUUCGCUCUGCUGGUUGGAGGUCCGGGGGGUCCGCCGUGGGGAUGA